AUGUCGCCGGUCGACAAGCUCAAGGCGGGAGACGACCUCCUCCAUGAGUUUCUCUCGGACGUGCAGACGAUCCGGUACUCGGAAUUGGCGUCGAGCACUAUUAUCAUUUUCGAUCAUCUAUUGACGCUCAGCCAAGAGUACAAGCUGAUUUGGACAGCACCAUGGUCCAUUGGGAAAUUUCUCUUCUUGAUCAAUCGCUACUACACGCUCCUUACAGUCAUCUUCAACAAUUACGCCCUCUUUAGUAAUAAUCUCAAUGAUACAGUCAUGUCCCGGGUCGGAGCGUCGACGCUUGCUGAUAGUUUCGCAGCUGUACAUGUUUUGACACAAGCGUAUCACUUCAUUCUCCUCCUCCGUCUCUACGCCCUCUACUUCCUCAACAAGCGUAUGCUUGUCUUCAUGGUGGCUAACUCGAUCAUCGCCUGGGCAGCCAGUGCGGGUAUCAUUGGGAGCCUCCUCGCAAACAUUACCGCAACGGCGCAUCCCUUCCCUAUGUACCCCAAGCCCUUCUGUGCGGCGUCGGGCCUCUCCGCAUACGCAUAUGCGUUCUGGAUUCCCAUGCUUGUCUCCGAGUGUGUGCUCUGCGCGCUCGCAGUGAGCCGGUUCGUCCACAUGCAUCAUACGCGUACCGGCGCGACGCUCUUCCAGAAUGGGCGCAGGCUUGUGGAGGCGCUCAUCAGGGAUAGCGUGUGGUACUUCGUCGUGAUAUUUGCCACGUACCUUGCAAACACCAUCGUCUUCGUUGUUGGCACCGCGACGGAGAUUGAGAUCCCAAUCGGCUUCUCGGUUGCCUUCGCAUGUGUGCUGGCGAACCGACUCUGCCUCAGCGCUCGCGGUAUGGUGCGCCGCGAACGCUCGGGCUCCUUAAAUGCCUCAAGGUCAGAGAUCGACGUGACGUCCGAGUCCGUCCACUCACCUCAUGCCGCCAACGUACGACGUCCAUACGACUCCGUCGAGGAUUGGGCGGAGGAUGAGUAUGAAAACGAACCAGAGGAGUAUGGGUCUAGCGCGUACGACGGGCGGUCGUCGCGGCGACACAUCGUCUCAACCCCGGCUCGCUCGCCAGUGACCGUCGAAGUGGAGGGAGGCGGAGGGUUGGAUGCCAUCCAGAUGCGGGAGUUGCGGCGGAUGCGGAGUGCGCGAGGGCGGGGGCUUGGCUUAGGGCUAGGCGCGCAGUGGGCCGGCGGCCUCAAAAUUGGGCGGGGGAAGCGAGAGGGUAUCGGCGAGGAGAGUCAGGAUGAACGAGAAGGUGUUGGGGUGGUUACUGUAUGAUAGGUUACGGCUGUGAGGGACAUUGUUGUACUGCUGUAUUGAUAAUCGGUAUGUGCAUAAUGGAUGUGUCCGUAGCCUUCUGCAUUGACAAUGGUGUCGCUAUUGGACGACUUACUAAGACCCUCCAUACUUGCCAGAAUCGGAGCAUUGGUCAUGGACAGUGGUGGUUUGGAGGAAGGGAGGAAGGGGUCGGGACGCACAGAGCAGCUUACUUAUAUGUUCCCUACCCACUCCACAGACAGGCGUGGAAGCGUGCUUGCGUGAAGAGUGAAGGACGUCGUUGAGAGAGACUGUCGUCACUGAGGGAUCAGCGUGCCAUAUGCGGAAGGUGCGCUACCUAAUCGGGUAGUGUCCCGUACAUGACACCUAAAAUAGUG